AUGGUGCAUGAUCAACAAGUGGAAGAGACUAGUAAUAACAGGAUGAUUGAGGAUGCUAGGAAGGCCAAGGCUUAUGAAGGCUCUGUUGAUAGGGUGUCUAACCCUAAGUCCCAAAAGGGAAGAAGUGGAUGCUCACCAAGUGAAAAACCCACUUGUACUAGGUGUGGUAAGAAGCAUGUAGGUGAAUGCUUAGCUGGAACGGGUAAUUGCUUUGGUUGUGAUAUGAUUUGCCACAAGGUGAGGGAUUGUCCAAAUAUAAGGGGUCAAGAGAAGGGGAGUGGUCAAUGUCAAGCAAGUGGUUCUAAUUCCGAUGUUCCAAGGAAGAAUCACUUCUAUGCUCUCCGUUCUAGGGGUGAUCAAGAAGAAUCUCUCGAUGUUGUCACCGGUAUGUUACAAGUAUUUACUAUUAAUGCAUUUGCUUUACUUGAUCCUAGUGCUACAUUUUCAUUUGUGAUUCCUGUAGUAGCAAUGAAGUUUGAUAUAUUGCCCGAUAUCUUGAUUGAUCCAUUUUUAGUUACUACCCCGGUGGGUGACUCGGUUAUUGCUAAAAGAGUCUAUUGA